CUGGACUGGGCUCAGACCUGUGAUCUUCCUGCCUCAGCCUCCCAGAGUGCUAGGAUUACAGACAUGCACCAACACGCCCGGCUAGGCUCUUUCUUUUAGUUGUUUUUGAGCCGCAUCGAGUUGCAUGUGUGGGUUCUCUGUGAGCCUUGUGGGCCCAGGGCUUCGUGGCUUCCUGCUGGUGUUGUGCGAAGGUGACCAGGGAGAAACAGCACCUCUGCUCCUGCCUGGGCUCCAUCAUUUUCCUCCUGAGCCUCUGUGCAGAGACACCGUGGGGAAUGGAGGAGGCACAGGCUGCGAGAUUCGACAGGAUUGCAGCCGCUGCUCACCCUUGCCCUGCCGGCGCUCCAUCCUCGGCUUCCUGCCAGGCUGGCUCCACUGUCGCCGCCGUGCUGCGGGGCAGCCUCCGUCCCCGCCUCCGUGUGGCCCAGGGUGUGAGCCCCGCCGGGCUCGCGCAGGCCUGCCCCUGCUGGAGCCCCUGUACCGGGUCCCCAGUGUUCUGCGAGUGGCGGGAGCAGGGGACAGAAAUGCUCUGGACCACAGGGACAGCGCCUGCAGGCUGCAGACGCGGCGGCAGCAUGACGAGCGAGGUGAUCGAGGACGAGCAGCAGUUCUACUCCAGGGCGGCGCUGUACUGGAAGCAGGUCCCGCCCACGGUGGACGGCAUGCUGGGCGGGUACGGCCACAUCUCCAGCAUCGACCUCAGCAGCUCCCGGAAGUUCCUGCAGAGGUUCCUGCGGGCCACCUGACUGACCAGCACCUGGCCGAGUUCCUGCGGCGCUGCCAGCGUGGCCUGCGCCCCAAUGGCCUCAUCGUCAUCAAGGACAACAUGGCCCAGGAAGGCGUGAUCCUGGACGACGUGGACAGCAGCGUGUGCCGCGGCCUUGAGGUGGUCCGCAGGAUCGUGCACAGUGCGGGGCUCAGACUCCUGGCCGAGGAGCGGCAGGAGAACCUCCCGGACGAGAUCUACCACGUGUACAGCCUGGCGCUGAGAUGAGACGUGCUGGCCUUCAAGCCGGACCAAGCCCAGGCAGGGUGAGCAGCUGGUGGGGCCCAGGCCGCGCCCACAGCUCCAGCUCGGUGUGGAGAGCCUUAAACACCUGUCCCGCCCACUUGCCUACACUCCUUCCCGGGCACAGGCCAGGAGGGUGCCCGUGGGAGAGGCCAGGGCUGCUUCCCCUGAACCUGGCACUCCUUGUGCUGGACUUGUGGUCACGCCAGGGGCCUUGGGCCUGGCUGCCCUUCACGUGCUUAUGCGGACCAGAGUGGGGAAGAUGUGGUCAGCGCCCAGGGGAGGGACACCUGCACCUCCUCUCCCGGGCGAGCCCGGCAUGGCACCUGCCAUGUGGCACUGCUCACGUUCCACGCCCUUCUGGUCACAGGAUGCUGCUGGCCCUAAAGGGGUCGUCACAACAGCCUAUGGCCGGAGAUGUGUGUGGCUUCCUCUACUGCACGUGGGGGCUCCCGUUUGGGGGACACUUUCAGUCAAAUAAAGGGUGCAUCCCUGUACCGUGGUGGCCAA